UAGCGCAAAGGGCGUGACUGUGUGCGCAAGGGGGUGUAGCUUGACGACCGAUUGCGAGUCAUUCUUCUACAAUUCGCAAGACAAAUUGUGCCAGCUUCACGAUAUUGUGUUCGAGAACAAUGGACCAAAUCUAACUUACGUCAGUCAAACGUACCAUUACAAAAUGAACGCAGUGGCACCAAGGUUUAUCUGCCCAUUAGCACCGCCAGGUGUUGGUUACAAUGUAGCUUUGUUGCAAGAUAACACGACCUUUACGUACAGAGUAGUGUGGGAUUAUGUGGAAAGAUUUGCUGCAGAUGCUGCCUGUAUUGCUGAUGGUGCGAGACUGGUUAAAGUCCUGACAUUAGCGAAAAUGCAAGCACUGGUGACUCUCUUCACUACAUGCCCAGGUUACGUUCAUUCAGGUAACUACUGGAUUGACGGUAGUAAUAUCAACGCUACGGACGUGUAUAACAUUACACAGUGGACGACAUCCGAUGGUGAACCAUUGCCGACAAGUAACCAAUUCUGGGGUCCGAACUGGCCGUCGAGUACGGACAUACGCCACUGUGUGGCCCUUUGGUCAAAUCUUGUGGAACAGCCAAUUUUCGGUGGAGGGUGGGCUUACCAAUGGAUUAACCCUCAAUGUUUUCACCCUUGUUACUAUAUUUGUGAAAAAUGAGAAACAGCCUGUGACAUUUUACAAAAUAGAAUUACUAGCAUAUACCAAUGAUAUGUGAAAAUGUUGUCUUUGUAAAGACGUUUUUAUAGAUUUUAUACCAUCGAUCUAUCAAGUGUAUCAGUUUAAAAUAUGUAAAAUGUUUAGUAAAACAGUGUUUGACAUUGUUCUUGUGGGCGUGUAUGUAAAUGCCGUUUUCUAAAAAAAUGUAUUUCAUGAUCUUAUCUAUGGUCUUUUAAAUAUAUUGUCUUUCUCUG